CGGCAUGGCUGUACCUUCCAUCUUCAAAUUUCAUCCGGUUCCAGAACGCACAAAUCCGGAACUUGGGACCGGUUUGAUCAUUCGCUUCUACCAAAUAAAUAGCCGAUCUCGUUCCUGUCCAAUUCCACCAGUCCCCGUCAAUUCUUCUCUCCCAACUCCGCCAUUCAUCGUGUCAACGUACACUACCACUUUCUUCAUCGUUGAUUUUGAUCUUUUUUCCCAUAUAUAGGCCCCCCUCUAGCGGACCGAUGGCGAAUUCAACACAGUCCACCAUGGACCUGCCGGAAGUCAAACAGGAGCCCGGUGAGUCACGGGUGCCUCUGGCACUCCCUGAAGUAAAACGCGAACCCGACAAUGCCCAGGUUUUACUGGGCUCUGGAAAGGUCAAACUGGAGCCCCAAGAGAGCAAAGGGCGCAAUGUGAAUCAACCCACAGUUGAGCCAGGUGAGAUCCCCUCGAUCGCGACUGUCUUCCCGCGCGCCCUCUACGAAACACCCUCGGCCAAUCGCCCGGACACCAGCCAUCAUCAGUCCACCGAGCCCAAAGGCAGUGGCGCUCCCCGCUCGUGGGCUGCUUCUGCUCAUAACCAGGGAAGCCCGCUAAGGCGCGCUAAGGAACUGUUCGAGCAGGCACAGCUACGCCUGCGUAGGGAGCGCAAUGCCCGUGCCGGCCCUAGCGCCCCUAACGGGGCCGCCGCUGGGCAAACAUCGGCAUCGAGUGGCCACAGAGGCACAGGGAAUCCAGGCUUAUCUGCGAUUACGAAUUCGCAGGCCUCCGUGAACACCAGUGCUCCCGCCCUCAACGGAACUGUUCAAUCUGGCCAUUAUCCAAGCGUGCUAGGGCGCCUCUCGAGAGAGUGCCAGAUGCGCCAUUUCAACUUGGAGUGGCAACUUCAAACUUUGCAGGGCGGCAAGUUCACUUGCCACGUAAAGCUGCGCGAUUUGAUUGUCCGGGGCGACAAGCAAUACGACUGCGAACAGCUCGCAAAGGAGGCAGUCGCCCACAAGGCCAUCGCAGUUGUUCAGGCGUGGCCCAUCGACCAUUUCCCGUCGGCAUCCUCGCGUGCUCAUAGAAGAGCACCGGGGCAGAUGGAGGGCCGUUGGGGUAGCCGAAACGGUCCAACCACGAAGCAAGAGGGCUCCUCCCUGAUGGAAGCCCUGGGCCAUGGUAGAGCCAUGGCCCUGACAGCCAUGGGUCCUGGAGACAGGUGGACCGAACAGCAGGCCGCCCUGCUUGAUCAUAUGAGUAGAGUCAUGGGCAUUUCGGUGCCCGUGUCCUCGAGAAAGAACCCGGAGGCAACACAAGCAUUCCUCGAUGGCGUGGCCGUCGGCACACGUCUGGCUGGUGCCGGCAUCUCCGGGUUCUCAAUGCGGAACCGGUCGCGAUCGCCGUCUAUCUUUCGGGCCUCCUCCCCGAUUCCCUCCCGGGCCUGCUCACCCCCGCCUCGCGACAAUAGAAGGCUGAACUCGUCUCCGCCAAACCGCCGACCGCCUCUGUCCUCUCCCCGCCUACCCGUUCGUAGGCGGGGUAGGUUGAGCCCACCCUCGGUGCACGACCGGUGGGUGCAUGACCGUUACAGAGAUGACAGGCGGCCUAGCCACAACUAGAGAGGUGGUGAGAUGGUCUGGGCCCCAUCUUGGCCCAGCGAUGGGUCCUACGAGGUCCCUUAGCUUGUCAGGCCUACGUCAGCAUAGUUAUCAGCGUUGUUCUGUUGGAAGAAAGCAGUGGUGUACCAGCGCUCGGGACGACGCCGUAGCAGGUCUUCACGGGUAGAACAGGCGUAUUACCGAGCCUGACGGCUCAAGCUCAUG